CUAGUUAAAGGUUGCUGGAACUGCGAAAUGUUUUAUGGAGAAUACUUGGUUUAGGGAGGUAGACAAUUUACUAUUGGUUGGAAGGAAGUCGGUUUUAUGACACAAGCAUGGAGACACCAGUCAAUUCUUUACAUUCCUUGAAUGGAUUGUUUUCUGAGGUGCCAGAUGUUAGUGUGUUGCAAAAGGAAGAACUUAAAAUGUGGCUUAAGGCACCAGCUCCGGGCAUUGCUGAAAUUCCACUUACUCAGGAUCUUCAAAAUGAGUUAUCAACAGAGGUAAUGGCACUAAAGAAGUUUCAGCAACCAUUUAAAGAAAGUAAUGAAACAGAAAGUAAAGCUUCUGUUUCAUGUGCCUCCCAGUGUGGAAACAAAACAAAAAAAACAAGCUUGGAGGGCAUGACAUUACCAUUUUCAUGGAUUACAAAUGAUGUUUCCCAAUGUAUAGAUUUAACGCAGGAUGAACAUAUCUGUUCAUUAAGCCCAGUUACAGAUACUGAGGAAAAUAUGAGUGCAUUCAAAAAAAGCUUGUUUGGGAAAUAUGAUUGUUCUUUAAACAGUGAAGACCAAUGUCUUAUAGUGGAAAAUGGGAGUUCUAAUUUUGUAACCUCAAAAGAAGCACAAAAAGAAGCAAUGAAAGCAGAUUUUGACAUAUGCCCACCUCAGCAAAUGGCUUUCGAUUUAUUUAAUGAAACUGUAGUUCAAAAGGACAUGCUGAAUAAGGAGAAAUUUUCUCACUCUGCUUCUUCAAAUAUCUCUAACAAAGAUGAUGCACAAUAUGGAAUUGUUACACCUGUCACAGAAAUCCCUAAGCAAUUCCGGACUGUCUUCAAAGAAUUUCCAUACUUUAAUUAUAUACAGUCGAAAGCAUUGGAGCAUCUUCUUUAUUCAGACAGAAACUUUGUGCUUUGUGCUCCAACUGGAUCUGGAAAGACAGUUAUAUUUGAACUUGCAAUUAUUCGAUUGCUAAUGCAAGUGCCAAUGCCUUGGACAAAUGUUAAAAUAGUAUACAUGGCACCAAUCAAAGCUUUAUGUGGUCAGAGAUAUGAUGACUGGAAAGCAAAAUUUGGACCAGUUGGUUUGAAUUGCAAAGAGUUAACUGGUGAUACUGAAAUGGAUGAUCUUUUUGAAAUUCAGCAUGCACACAUCAUCAUGACAACUCCAGAAAAAUGGGAUAGUAUGACGAGAAAAUGGAAAGAUAAUACUUUGGUUCAGCUUGUACGUUUGUUUCUGAUUGAUGAGGUGCAUAUUUUGAAGGAAGAAAAUCGAGGUGCAACACUUGAGGUUGUCGUCAGCAGAAUGAAAACAAUCUAUUCUCUUUCUCAUUUGUCAGAAGAUAGAAAGGCAUUCAUACCGAUGAGAUUUGUGGCAGUUUCUGCAACCAUUCCUAAUGUGGAAGAUAUAGCGGAUUGGUUGUCGGAUGAAAACAGUCCUGGUGUAUGCAUGAAAAUGGAUGAAUCAAGCAGACCAGUGAAACUGCGCAAAGUGGUGUUAGGCUUUCCUUGCAGCACCAAGCAGUCAGAGUUCAAGUUUGAUCUAACACUAAAUUACAAAAUAGCUAAUAUAAUACAAACCUAUUCAGAUGGGAGACCAACCCUUGUGUUUUGUUCUACAAGGAAAGGAGUACAACAAGCAGCGUCUAUUCUAACCAAAGAUGCAAAGUUUGUAAUGAGCAUUGAACACAAGCAGAGGCUUCAGAAAUGUGCUAAUUCAAUUAAAGAUUCUAAGCUAAGAGAUGUUUUACAAUAUGGUGUUGGUUACCACCAUGCUGGUGUUGAUAUAUCUGACAGGAAAGUCAUUGAAAACUCUUUUUUAAUUGGAGAUCUUCCAGUACUUUUCACCACAAGUACCUUAGCUAUGGGAGUAAACCUUCCAGCUCAUUUAGUUAUUGUAAAAUCAACAAUGCAUUAUGUCUCUGGAAUGUUUCAAGAAUAUAGUGAGACAGAUAUUCUUCAGAUGAUUGGAAGAGCUGGAAGACCUCAGUUUGAUUCUACAGCCACAGCCGUCAUUAUGACCAGAUUAAGCACCAAAGAAAAAUAUGUACACAUGUUAGAUGGUGCAGAUACAAUAGAAAGCAGCUUGCACAAGCAUCUUGUUGAGCAUCUGAAUGCAGAAAUAGCACUGCACACCAUUACAGAUGUUAAAGUUGCUUUGGAGUGGAUAAGAUCGACUUUCUUGUAUAUCAGAGCGCUGAAGAACCCAGCUUAUUAUGGCUUUUCUGAAGGAUUAGACAAGAUUGGAAUUGAAGCAAAAUUGCAAGAAUUGUGCUUAAAAAAUCUAAAUGAUUUGUCUUCUCUGGGAUUAAUUAAAAUGGAUGAAGAAAUUAAUUUUAAACCCACAGAAACUGGAAAACUGAUGGCUCUGUAUUACAUUGCAUUUAACACAGCAAAAUUGUUUCAUACAAUUAGAGGAACAGAAACACUAGCUGAAUUGGUGUCACUGAUAUCAUCAUGUUCAGAAUUCUCAGAUGUGCAGCUAAGAGCAAAUGAAAGAAGAGUUUUGAACACUUUAAAUAAAGACAAGAACAGAGUAACUAUCAGAUAUCCAAUGGAAGGGAAGAUUAAAACCAAAGAAAUGAAAGUUAACUGCCUUAUUCAAGCUCAUCUUGGGUGCAUUCUUGUUCAAGACUUCUCUCUGACACAAGAUAUUUCAAAGAUUUUCAGGCAUGGCACACGAUUGGCUAAAUGUUUAUCAGAGUUUCUUGCAUUGCAAGAAAACAAGUUCUCUGCAUUUCUAAAUGCACUAAUUUUGACCAAGUGUUUCAAAAGCAAACUUUGGGAAAAUUCAUCACACAUUUCUAAGCAACUGGAAAAAAUUGGUGUCACUCUGGCAAAUGCAAUGGUAAAUGCAGGACUUACAACAUUUAAAAAAAUAGAAGAUACAAAUGCCAGAGAACUUGAAUUGAUUGUCAAUAGGCACCCACCCUUUGGAAAUCAAAUAAAAGAAUCUGUUGCACACCUUCCAAAGUAUGAAAUAAAGUUCCAGCAGCUAGCAAAGUACAGAGCUACAACUGCAGAAGUUGUUUUGACUGUUCUCUUGACAAAUUUCAAGCAGCUGCAGAAGAAAAGAACAGCUCCAGAUUCACAUUUUGUAAUGCUUGUUAUUGGAGAUGAUGAUAAUCAAGCUAUCUUCAAACAGAAAAUUAUGGACUCCUCUCUUUUUAAAACUGGAAGUUGGACAAGAAAAAUUGAAAUCAAAAGAGCAUCUAAAUCAACUAAUGUUUGCUUGAAUCUCAUCAGCUCAGAAUAUGUUGGCCUUGACAUCCAACAAAGUUUCAACAUUUGCUAUCUGGGAUCAGACAGUUUUAAUGCAGAUCUGGUGACUCAGCAUAAAUCUGAAAAUAUAUUUUCACAAGAAAUAUAUAAAACUUCCACAAAAACUAAAGAUAUUGCUGAUACUAAUUGGUCUAUGAGACAGACAGCCAUAAAAUGUGCUACUAGAGAAUGUAAUCAUAAUUGCAAGAAUAAAGAUGCCUGUGGACAUGAAUGCUGUAAAGUUGGAGUGUCUGAGAAGGCUGAGAUGAAGACAAACUUCUAUUCUUACCUAAAUGAUCUAAGGACUCGAAAUUCAGUUUCAUCAGCUACACCAGUGAAAAGACUAAAGAUGCAGAUGGAAGCUGAAACUAGGAAUGUGAAUUUACAGAACUUUGUCUUCACGCCAAAACCUUCAAUAAGGUCACCAUGUCUGAAAAUUCCUGAAAACAUUUUACUUCAAGCAGAGUCUUCUGUUUUGACAAACAAAUAUAAAGCUUCACAUCAAGAAGAAACAUGUUGUAAAUAUGAAAUUAAAGGUUGCGGAGAAAAGCAAACAAAAGGGAUGCCAAAAAAAACAUGUGAAAGGAGAAAUCUCACUGAUUCAGACAAAUGCAACUCAUCGUCAUCAGAGAACGCAGCAUACGUGACAUUUGACUUGGGCAAUGACAUAUGGGAUGAUUUUGAUGAUGAUAAUCUUUUAGAUGCUAGUAAUAUUUCAAGUUUAACUGACCAACACACUUCAGAAUUUACAGACGUCUCGUUCAGUAAGAACCAACCUGUAUCAAAGUCCUCAUUGUCAGCAGGACACCAUGAAGAAGCAAGAUACAAUGCAAUGAGUAUAAACAAGGAUUCCUAUAGAUAUUUAAAUGCUAAGUCAGAAGUUUUUUCUCAAGAAAACACCCAGUGCAUUGAUGUUGUACCAUCAAAUCAAAAAUUACAUGGAAAGAUGUUUUCUGAGAAUACUAUAAAACAUAUGUUUACCCUUCAAGAAGAAACCAAUUACCCUGUUACCUCCAAAAUGGAUUCUCCACACAAUGGUUGCUGGUCAAGUAACAUUUUUUUCAAGACUCCAGAAAAUAAAACACAAGAGAGAGGAUGUUAUCAUCAGGAAGAUGAAACAAAUGCUUUCAUUGGAAUAUUUAAUGGAAUAUUUUAAAGGCUCGCUUCACAUGGUCCUUAUAAUGUACAUUUUAUAUUUACAUAUUGUGGUAUCUGUAGGUUUAUGACAUUUUGCAGGUUGUUUUGUUGUAAUGUACUUUGUCCGUAACAGAAAAAAAAGUUUGUUAUUAAUACUUGCAGACAUAAUUGCUUAAUGGCUCUAGGUCAAUUUCACCUUCAGAAAACAGAAGCAUUUAGCAGCUAUUAGAAAAAUAAUCACAUUUCAAGCUGGACCUCUUUUUGCAUUUUUAUGUUAACAUUAUUGUUAAUGCUGCUUGUUAUAGUUGGAGAUCAGUAUCCCUCCAUCAGUCUGCAUUACUCUUCCCAGAGUUUUUGUAUAUCCAGUUCACCCUUUACAAUAAGCAAAGAUGUACUUCCAGAAAAUUCUCUAAAAUAUAGUCUCAAACCAGUCAGUUUGAAUAGGCCUUUGGAGUUCUUUGUAAAGUUCUUUGACAGAACUGGAGCUGCCAGUUUUGUACUCCGGCCUAUGAAAGUUUUGCAUCAGCCCCCCAGCCCUAAAUGAGAAAUGAACAGCAUCAAUGCAGGGGCACAUUUGGAGGACCAGAGGCCCACAACUGUAGUCAUUGCUGAACUGGUAGUAUAGGGGACACAGGAAUAAAACCACUGAUGUUUAAAAUAAAUGUUUAUGCAAGUUGGAUUGUUAUAGUUUAUUUCAGUUUCUGAGAUAAAAUAUUGUUUUUUUGUGUCGCUGACAUGAAUUUUGUUAUUUUAUGAAUCUCUUAUUUUAAAACCAUUUUAUAUUUAUGCUACUCGAUUUUGUACAUUCUGAAUUGUUAAUAGGCUGUAGGUUUUAUUACAUAAAUGCAAGAGUUUUCAAUUGCUUGAAUCGAAAUUCCCAUCACCAUAACCAAUCUUAUUUGUGCUUAUUGUUCCAGAUGUAAAACACUUCUGCAAAUGUCUGCUUUCAUUUAUGAAAUAUUGUUAUGUAGGUUCUAUAGUACUCAAAUGCUUUUUAUGACCUUUAUUGUUAACAUUAACAUAGAAAGCUAUUUUGGCUCUAAACUGCAUAUUGAUAGGAACAUGCAGGUAAUGAAAAGCAAUACUAGAAACUUUAGAAAACCAAUAUUCUUGAGUUGAGUUUCAUAGAGAACUAUUAAACAGGGCUCAGGUUGGAAUAAAAUUUAAGGCUAUGUGCAAAAAAAA